AGGUUUCCUCCUGAGUCAGGCGGAGGAGAGGAAGCAGGAAAAGGAUCUGUCUGCAGAAAUGGGUCCUGAUUCCUUUGGGGCAGGGAGGACUCCAUUAGACACCAGAGAGAGGCCGCUGGGUGAAAGAAGGAUUCCGGCAAGACCUCCUCCUCCAUCUCUUCAUCCUGGUGGAGGGGAAGCAGCGGCUGAGGAACCGGAUCAGAGCUCAGUUUCUUUUGAAGAUGUUGCUGUUUGUUUCACGGUUGAGGAGUGGGCGUUGCUGGAUCCUGCCCAGAGAGCUCUGCAUAAGGAAGUCAUGGAGGAGACUUGGAGGACCAUGAUCUCUCUGGGUGGUGAUGAAUCAGAAAUUAAGAACAAGGGACAACAGGACAAAAUCCACACAGUGGAGAAGCCACAUCCAGAUUUGGAACAUGGAGAGAACUUCAGUCAGAGCUCCCAUUCCACUUCCCAUCAAAGAAAUCCUAUUGGGAAGAAAUCCUUUCAGUGCCUGGAAUGUGGAAAGAGCUUCAGUCGGAAGAAUAGUCUUACUUCCCAUCUAAAUAUUCAUACAGGGGAGAAACCAUAUCAGUGCUUGGAAUGCACAAAGUGCUUUGCUGCAAGAAAAAAGCUAUGGAAACAUAAGAGAAUUCACACUGGGGAGAAACCAUAUCAGUGCCUGGAAUGUGGAAAAAGCUUCAGUUGGAAGCAUAGGCUUACUUCCCAUCAAAUAAUUCAUACAGGGGAGAAACCAUUUCUGUGCUUGGAUUGUGGGAAGAGCUUCAGGAAGAGGACCUAUCUCACUUCCCAUCAAAGAAUUCAUACAGGGGAGAAACCAUUUCAGUGUCUUGAAUGUGAGAAGUUCUUUAGUACAAGAAGAGAUUUGCAUCAACAUAAGAGAAUUCAUAGUGGGGAGAAGCCAUUUCUGUGCUUGGAAUGUGGGAAGAGCUUCAGUCAAAAGGGAAGUCUCACUUCCCAUCAAAGAAUACAUACAGGGGAGAAACCAUUUCAGUGCCCGGAAUGUGAGAAGUUAUUUAGUACAAGAAGAAACUUACAUCAACAUAAGAGAAUUCACAGUGGGGAGAAACCAUACCAGUGCUUGGAAUGUGGGAAAAGCUUUAGGAAGUGGACCUAUCUAACUUCCCAUCAAAGAAUUCAUACAGGGGAGAAACCAUUUCAGUGUGUGGAAUGCGAGAAGUUCUUUACUACAAGAAGAGACUUGCAUCAACACAAAAGAAUUCACACUGGAGAGAAACCAUAUCAGUGCUUAGAGUGUGGGAAGAGCUUCAGGCGGAGCUCAUGUCUCACUUCCCAUCAAAGAAUUCAUACUGGGGAGAAACCAUAUAAGUGCUUGGACUGUGGGGAGUCUUUUCCUACAAGCAAAUACUUCCGUCGACACCAGAGUAUUCACAGCGGAGAGAAACCAUACCAGUGUGUGGAAUGUGGGAAGACUUUCUUCAGGAAGGAGAGUCUCACUUCUCACCAAAGAAUUCAUACAGGGGAGAAACCAUUUCAGUGCCUGGAAUGUGAGAAGUGCUUUACUACACGAUAUGGGUUCCAUCGACAUAAGAGAAUUCAUAAGGGAGAGAAACCAUUUGAAUGCCAAGUGUGUGGAAAGAGCUUUAGUGACAGGUCCCAUCUCACUUCCCACCAAAGAAUUCAUACAGGUGAGAAACCAUACCAGUGUGUGGAAUGUGGAAAGAGCUUCUCCAGGACGGACAGUCUUACUUCCCACCAAAAAAUUCAUACAGGGGAGAAACUAUAUCACUGCUUGGAGUGCACAAAGUGCUUUACUACACGACAUGGGUUCCAUCGACAUCAGAGAAUUCACACUGGGGAGAAACCAUUUGAAUGCCAAGAGUGUGGAAAGAGCUUCAGAUGGAGCGCCCAUUUCACUUCCCACCAAAGAAUUCAUACAGGGGAGAAGCCAUAUGAGUGCCUGGAAUGUGGGAAGAGCUUCGGUCGGAGAGACCACCUUACUUCCCACCAAAGAAUGCAUACGACGGAUAAACCUGAAUAGGGCUUGGAAAGAGCUUCAGCUGGAAGGAAAUCUCACUUCCCAUGAAAAACUCACAGUGGGGAAAAUCCUGGAGUCAUAGAGUAGUAGCUUUAGGAGGAAUCUUGAGGGUCAUCUAGUCUAACCAGUGCAAUGCAUCUUGAUGAUUAGUCAGAAUCUUCUUUCUUGUUAUGUUCUUGUGGGGUCACAUGGUUCGUCACCUCCUUUACAAUCGUGAGAAUAACCCUGUACAGAAUAAUCAGGGUCCUUAUCUGUUUAGAUGUUUAGCUUGAAUGAGACAUAGUGCACCCCAGAGAGAGAACACAAAUAAGCAAUCAGACAACCAAUGCGUAUUGGAAUUUCUAUACAACAUUGCUUUAUUGAUUAACAAACUUAACACAUAACAAGACAAGGGAACAUGCACUCAGACACACACGCAGUCACACACACACACACACCUUCUCUGGGUUGGGCAGACCUAGAGGGUGGCUGGCAGGCAGCCGGAUCUCAACUGUGUCUGACUCACACCUCAGUCCGAAAGAGACUAAACUUAUACGCUCUUCUCAUUGUGCAUCUAAGUCUCAUGUUCCUGAGUGACAUGUUCCUGGCAGUUCUUAGCAUGUUCUUGGCAGUCCUUCAUCUUUAGCAUGUUCUAGGCAUAUCACAACUCUUAAUGUUUGUACCCGGUCUUCUGGCACGGUACAACACUCACUGUUUGGGGCUAGCAUUGCAUGGCAUAGUCUUUAUGCUUCAUUGUGGGUACAGGACUUUUUGCCAGAACAUGAACAUUCCAUUCGCUUCUUUUGAUCAGCACAGUUCAUUCAUAACACACUUCAUUCAUAAUAGCAUCCAUUUUGUAAGGUGUUCUUCAGCCUAAAAUGUGUGGUGGUCUUCAGCCAUCUUGCGGCUCAUUCAAAACAUGCCAUUCAUAACAACUGUGAGUUAGGUUAGGCUCCCCAAGGUCUCCCAGUGAGCUUCAUGGCCAAGGAGGGAUUUGAACCCAGGUCUCCCAGGGUGUAGUCAAAUACUCUGGGCACUGGCUCUCCCAUGAGACUCUUAGAAAUUGUCCAUGCAUGUUUGCUUAAAAUUUGGGUGCCAUAUUCUGGUGUUUGUGUCUAAAGUUGUAUACUCCUCUAGCAAAGUAAUUUAUGGAAUAAUAGUAAGUACAGUAUUAUAAUAGAUUUAAGGCAAUGUUAGCUGGGGGAGGGGGAAGUUUCAAAUUCUGGGGGUGAGUGGUGAUUGGCUGUGAAUUUGGAAGGGUGUUUGAGUAAGUACAGUGGUGCCUCGCAAGACGAAAAGAAUCCGUCCGCGAUUCUCUUCGUCUAGCGGUUUUUUUGUCUU